AUGCCUCAAUCUUCUCCAUACAAGGGCAAUGAAGCCGUCAGGUUCGAACGGGCUACAGUCAGCCCGGGGCAAUUCGGAUACCUGAAAUAUGGCGUGGGGCACGAGGACCGGGAGCGGAUCAUCACACUCACUCUUGGACGCGGGCAACUCCGCAGUUGGGAUUUCGUGGGCCGCCUGCUUGUGCACACCUGGAGGGUGCAGCGCCAGGAGAAUCCCGCGCUGGUCGGCAAGCGCCUGGGCGCCAUCGUGCACUACAUCAACAUCCCGGCGAACAUCACUCAGACACGCAUGUUCCUCGAGGAGUAUGACAGCGGGCCCCGUCCGUUCCUGUACCACGGCGUGCAGAACUUCCAUUACGACCAUCACGAUUACAGCCAUAUCAUUAGGCAGUUCCUCAGGUCUUUCCCCAUAACUCCACGGCUGGAUUCGCUCGACGUCUACGAGAUAGCCGAUAAGGACGACGCCGACACCGGCGACGACGAUAAUGCAAGCGGUGACGAAGAGGGAGCGGCCCGGCGUCGUGAGGAUGCUCGCGACGCCGAGCAGCAGGAUACUGGUGGUGAUGAAGGGGUAACCCCGCGUCGCGAGAAUGUUCGCUCUACCGAGCGGCAGCAGAGUGCCGGCGAUCACUACGAUCGCAUAAUUGAUCUGAUCCACAGUGUCGUUACGGAGGAAGAUGCUGAGCGCUUGGCCUCUCAGCGAGAGACCGGUGAUGGCGAAGAGGAAAGCCAGCGUCGGGUUAGGGCUGUGACGAUGGUAAAGCUGUGGUAUGACUGA